CGAAACAACCAAAGAGAAAAAAUGCAUCUGCUCUUUCAGCGGUCAUCAAAAGCCGCAGUAACGGUCACUCGCUCUCUGGCCCUCCCGCCUAAACCCCCAUUCCCCUCCUCCUUCGUCUUCUUCCUCUCAUCGCAACCCCAUAACCAGAACCACGAAAUCGGCUCAAUCGGCUCCCCUUCCAGGAUCCAAAAUCUCAUCGCUUCACAAUCAGACCCUCUCCUCGCCAAAGAGAUCUUCGACUUGGCCGCCCGCCAACCCCAUUUUCGCCACUCCUACUCUUCCUUCUUCACUCUCAUCCUCAAGCUCGGCCGCUCCAAGUACUUCUCUCUCGUCGACGACCUCCUCAUCCGCCUCAAGACCUCGAACUACUCUGUCUCCCCGGCUCUCUUUUCCCACUUGAUCAAGAUUUACGGCGAAGCCAAUUUGCCACAGAAAGCCCUCCGAACCUAUUACACCAUGGUGGAAUUUGACUGCAGCCCUUCCGUCAAACACCUGAAUCGCAUUCUUCAAAUCCUCGUUUCUCACCGGAACUUUCUCCGCCCGGCGUUCGACAUCUUCAAGGACGCUCACCGUCAUGGGGUGAUGCCCAAUACUCAGUCUUACAACAUUUUGAUGCGUGCUUUUUGUUUGAAUGGGGAUCUUAGCAUUGCCUACCAGCUGUUCAACAAAAUGUUUGAGAGAGACCUUGUUCCAGAUGUGCAGUCGUAUCGGAUUCUGAUGCAGGGCUUGUGUAGGAAGGGUCAGGUGAAUACGGCGGUUGAUUUUUUGGAGGACAUGUUGAACAAAGGGUUCGUUCCGGAUUCGUUGAGUUACACUAGUUUGUUGAAUAGUUUGUGUAGGAAGAAGAAGCUUCGUGAGGCGUAUAAGCUGCUUUGUAGGAUGAAGGUUAAGGGGUGCAAUCCUGAUAUUGUGCAUUACAAUACUGUUAUUUUAGGAUUUUGUAGAGAAGGGCGUCCAGUUGAUGCCUGUAAGGUUCUUGAGGAUAUGGCAUCAAAUGGGUGCUUGCCAAAUUUGGUGUCCUAUCGGACUUUGGUUAGCGGGUUAUGUGAUCAUGGGAUGCUUGAUGAGGCAAAGAGUUAUAUGGACACAAUGAUAUCAAAGGGGUUUUCUCCACAUUUUUCGGUUGUUCAUGCUUUAGUUAAAGGAUUCUGUAAUGUGGGUAGGGUUGAGGAAGCCUUUGCAGUUUUGGAAGAGGUGCUAAAGCACGGGGAGGUUCCUCAUACAGAUACUUGGCUUACAAUAGUUCCUGGGAUAUGCGAAGAGAUUGAGCUAGAGAGAUUGGAGGAAAUUCUGAGAGAGGUAAUGAAGGUGGAAAUUAGGCCAAACACCAGAAUAGUGGAGGCAGCUAUUGGUUUGGAGGAUUACUUGAUAAAAAAGAUACGGGCUAAACCGAGGAGAGCUUAUUAGAUGCUUCUUAGUAUUUGGCUCCCUGGUUUUGGUCAAGUUACUGGCUUUACCUUUUUUGUAUGUCACUAAUCCAGCCAUAAACGUGGCAAGUGCUUUUCAAAAGAAUGCAAUCUUGCUUGAAGCAACUGCAACUCCACCGACAUGGGUGUUUUGUAACAGGAUGCUAGUUUAUUUGAAGUACUGCUUUUCAGGCCUUGUUUUUCCACUAGGACAGGGAACAAUUCCUCUCUCACGCUUGCCAUCUCUCAGUCAGAACAGAACUUCUGCAAUUUUUAUUGGAGGGUUCUGAUGCUCCUAAUUCAAGAGCAGCAGGAGAAUAUCUUAACUUGUAUUUUCUCUUGAGCUAGAUACUGAAGCUACUUUAGACGUUCUGAGAUGCGCUUUCAUUGAAGAUGAAAUCUCAAAACCCAACAUUUAUUCUCAUGAUUCAGCUGAUGCAAAUAUGGAGCUGCCGGAUGGGAACAAUUCAAUGGCACAAAGUCAGAAUUCAAUGGUUCAAAGUAGAUACUCUCAUUCAUAUUAUUAUUAAGGGUAUCUCCCUAAUAGAUGGAUCUCCUGGCAAUGAUGACACUGCAUCAAUAGCAGACUGGCCUUCAAAGAAAGACAUUGGUCAUCUGUUUGAGUUUACUGCGUACUAUGUUGCAUGUGGAAGAGCUAAUGUCUUGAAACGUGUAUUGUCUCAAAUUUUGGAGUAUUUGACGUCAAAGAAUAACUUUCCAUCAUGGGUUGCUGGAGAUAGCAUAAUUCCAAAAAGAAGAGAGAAACAGGUUCUUGGCCUUCUUGAGGUAGUGCCUGAGACCGAUUGGGAUUCAUUUUAUGAGAAAGCGUGAUUUUACCAUAGAAGGCACGUUCGUCUUGGUUAUCAACAAUUUUACUAGUGAAGAAGGCUCCCAUAUCCUUUCUGAACUUCGUUCCCAUCCAAAAAGCCUAUUCUUCGGUGAUUGAGGUUCACUUAUCUGGCCCUCGACUUUUCAAGUUUAAGAAAAGAUGAUCGUGUGAGGGUAAAGGAUCAAUCAAAAGCAGUUGAGGCUUACUUGGAAAGGAUCUCUGAUUUCCCAAAGCUUUUGCGUAACAAUCCUGUUAAUUUGACCGAUGAUAUGAUUGAACUUUAUUUGGAGUAUAUUCAUUUUGGCAGUUGCAUCAUAUUCUCUUUGUGAGGGAGAUAAUAUUGUUCUUAUCAUGCCAGUAUAUUCAUUUUGGCCAAAUUUUAAAUACGAGACUUGUAAGAGUUGAGUGAGCGUGUUUCGUAGCUACCCUGUUUCAUAUUUUACCUAUUCAGCUGUUAUGUCAGUAUGAGCGCAAUGGAGUUCUCAAAUUCCUAGACACUUUUGAUAGCUAUCGCGUAGAAGGAACACUGUUUACGCCUGUGCCAGAAAUAUGGGAUAACAGAUGCUGCAUCAUUCUUGUUGGGAAGGGUUGGUGAUGUUGGCAGUGCUCUUUCACUUACACUUUCCACCCUUAAUGAAAAAUUUAUCAAGCUGGAUGCUGCUAUGGGAACUCUGGUAUCAAGUGGUUCUGGACGUACUGAGCAUUUCAGCAAUGCCUUAAAGCUCCAUAAAGGUGUUCAUAUCUUAAGAAAAUUGUUCUCUCGGUUCAUCAAGGAGAUUGUUGAGGGCAUGAUAGGUUCUGUUCGCCUUCCAACUAUCAUGUCCAAACUCCUUUCUGAUAAUGGUAGCCAGGAAUUUGGUGAUUUAAAAUUCACAAUAUCAAUAUUAGAUAAUGAGUUUGUUUUGCUUUUUUUGAGAAUUCAAAUUUGUUUUGCACAGCUGAUUGAUGCGCAAAACAUAGUGGACAAAUUGACCUCUGUAUUACAGUUCACAUCCUCACACAAAUUUUUUUCAGAAGUUUCACUUGGA